AUGUGCUAUGUUAAUAGAAGGGAAAUUCAACUAUACGUUGGUGUUAUUGUAAAAGUUCUUAGGCGUACCUAUGUAAAAGAGCCUAUUUCCGAGCCGCAAUCAAGCGUAACCCAACAGAAUGUCGACGGAUUGAGUCUGUCAUACGGUCCGCCUACACCAGACAACCAACAACAAAACAAACAUGAGUCAUGUUGCUUCAUAUGCAUCAAAAUCUACUAUGUUCUGCUCAGUAUUGCAAAUAUUCUUCUCUGUAUAGCCAUGAUGGCUGUAGCAGUGAGCGCCGCCAUAAACAUGAAGGCCUUUUCUGCGGAACAAUCUGGAAAACUUGUAGCAUUGAUUCUCCUGGCUGUCAUCGCAACUGUCGCACUCUCCAUCACAAUUUACGCGAUGAUUGCGGUAGCUGGGAAUCAUUAUAAGCAUGUUCGAGGGACCUCUGUAGCUCUAUUGCUGCUGGCGAUCAUGAUAGCAGUGGUCAUCGGAGUCUCGCUGAACAUCGGUGUGGAGGAAGAGGUCAGACUGAGCCACUCGCUGUCAGAGUCCUUCAAACUGUCGCAAGAGGACAACACUAGGCAUGUAAAGCUGUGGACAGCUCUACAAAAUGACUUAACGUGCUGUGGAGUCACCGGUCCAGAUGACUAUCGUUACCCUAACCAGCCACCCAUCUUUCCCCCCGACGUGCCCAUCUCCUGCUGCCCUACCUUUGACCCGGAUCGCUCCCAUUUUGUGCAAGAACGAGAGAAGGAAGCUUGUAAAGCGAAACGUGUGUACUUUAACAACGGCUGCAGAGAUCCGGUGAUAGAACUUGUCAGAAGAACAUCGAGAAGAGUCAUGUUGAUCUCCAUCAUUGUGAUCAUUGUUAUGAUAUGGUUAUCAAUUCAAGGGGCGAUAUGGACACGCUACUGCAAACAACAUGAGAAUGAACCAAAUGGGACUUCCUCGAAAAAUCUUUCGAUCAUAGGAAUUUUCACGAAACAACAAAUAAGUACAAAACCAUAAAACUAAUUUAAGAAUAAAAUGGUUAUAGACCAUGGGUUAAAAACCACCAUUUUGCCGUUACGCACACCAUUUGGCUGUAACAUACAAUAUAUUUGCAAAUUAUGCAGAUUGAUUUAUUUUUUGUUUUUCUUCUUUUACUAAAAAGGUUAAAAUGUAAAACGCUGCAAAAAAUAAUAUCACAGAUACCUAAUAAUAUGUAACGAUUUCUAUUUUAAGGUAUGGAAAUUGUAUAAAAAGUUUAAGAUUAUUUGAAAAAAGAAAUCAGUAUUAUUACAAUUCAUCGUCAUCAUCGUCGUCAUUUAUCGUCGUCAUCAAUGUCUAAUAUAAUACAAAUUUAUUUAUUUUUUUAAAUCGAAAAUUUUAAUUUAAACACCUAUAAAUAGGUCGGAAUGUAUACACCAAAGUAUUUGUAAUAAAAAGUUAAGAAAAACAUUAUAU